CCCCUUGGGCUCACUCCCUCAAGCAGAGGAAGAAGACGCAGUGAACAAGAACAGAGAGAGAGAGAGGAAGCCAUGGCCAUGUCGCUCUCCCUCGCGCGCCAGGCCCUGCCGCCGGUCCUCCAGGCCCUCCCGGGAAGGAGGCCGGCCCACUCCUCCCUCGCCUUCCCGGCCAACCCGUUCUUCGGGGCGCCGCUGGCCGUGGCCGCCGCCGGCGCCGCCGCGCUCUCCCCGGCGGCCCCGCUCCCCCGCCCCCUCGCCGUCGUCGCCGCCGGGAAGGGGUACAAGAUGAAGACGCACAAGGCGUCGGCGAAGCGGUUCAGGGUGACGGGGACGGGGAAGAUCGUGCGGCGCUGCGCCGGGAAGCAGCAUCUGCUCAGCAAGAAGAACGCCAAGCGCAGGAAGAGGCUCUCCAAGAUGGUCCAAGUUAACAAGAGCGACUACAGCAACGUGAUGGGUGCGCUGCCCUACCUCAAAGUGAACAAGAAAGCAGGCUGAGAUCUACCGGGACUCGUGAAAUGAUCGCCACUGAGUUUCUGUCCAACACUUGUAAUUUUGUGCAUCUUUUUCUGUAUGUCUUUUUUUUUAAAUACAUACCAAUGCCAGACUUCACAUUCCAAGCAAUCAUAAACAACUUUUCAUA